AUGGAGAAGCCAGCUGAGAACCACAGUAACGAUACUGACAGUAUCGACUCUGAUAAUCAAGAUGUCCAGAAGUUCAAUCCUUUGAAUGAUCCUGAAGACCAAGGUAAUGCUGAGAACUUGUCUCACCACGUCUCCCGUAUCUUGUCUACCCAGGAAGGUAUGGAGCGUGUUGCUACCCUUGCCAGAGUCUUGUCCACCAAGACCAAGAAGGACAUGGAUCACUUCGAGAUCAACAAAGAGAACUUUGACUUGGAGUUACUCUUGAAGUACCUCCGUGACCGUUCCGCAGAGCAAGGUAUUGAAUCUGCCAAUGCAGGUGUUUCUUUCAGAGAUCUUACUUGUUGGGGUGUCGAUGCCUCUGCUGCCCAUGGUCCUUCUGUGACUGAAAUGUCCAUCAACUACCUUAGCUUCUGGAAGAUGUUCCAGAAAGAUAACCGUAAGCAAAGAAUGAUUAUCCAAAACUUUGUUGGUGUCUUGGAGCCAGGAGAGAUGGUGCUUUGUCUUGGUAAGCCGGGUGCCGGUUGUUCCUCAUUGUUAAAGGCCGUUGCUGGUGAAAUCGAGAAUUUCACUAAGGUCGAAGGUUCCUUUUCCUAUGACGGGUUAGACCAGGCGGAGAUGAUGCAAAAAUAUAAGGGUUAUGUUGUUUACAACCCGGAAUUGGAUUUCCAUUUCCCAUACAUCACUGUCAAGGAAACAAUUCAGUUGGCCUUGAGAUGUAAAACUCCACAGAAGAGAAUUGAUAACAUGUCCAGAUCUGAAUAUGUUGAUAACAUGCUUAGAGUAAGUUUUCUUCAAACAACUUUUUUUUUUUCACACAGCAUACUAACAUUUGUUUUUGACUUUUUACUACAGUUAUGGUGUACCGUUUUUGGUUUGACCCACACAUACGCUACCAGAGUCGGUAACGAUUUUGUGAGAGGUGUUUCUGGUGGUGAAAGAAAGAGAGUUUCGAUUGUGGAAGCCUUGGCUUUGAACGCUUCUGUGUACUGUUUCGAUAACGCUACCAGAGGUUUGGAUGCUUCUACGGCAUUGGAAUUCACACAGUGUUUGAGAACUGCCACCAAUAUGUUGGGCUGUUCUGCGUUUGUUGCUAUUUACCAAGCCGGUCAAAACAUUUACGAAUUAUUUGAUAAGGUGAGUGUUCUAUACAAGGGUAGACAGAUUUACUGGGGUCCUGCCGACCAAGGUGUUUCUUAUUUUGAGAAGAUGGGCUACUUGAAGCCUAGCAGAAUGACUGCACCGGAGUUUUUGACUGCAGUUACUUCUCCAUCUUCCAGACAAGUGCAACCAGGGUUUGAAGGUAAGGUUCCAGAAUCGUCAGAAGAGUUUGCUGAGUACUGGGUCAACUCUCCAGAAUAUGCUAACUUGAUGACUGAAAUGGACGAAUUUGAUGCUAAUCAUAAUGGCGAUGAGACCAGACAAAGACUGGAUUUUGUCAACCAGCAGAGAAAGCAAAAGGGUAACAGACAAAAGUCUCAAUUUAUGGUUACCUAUUGGUCGCAAUUAUACUACUUGAUGUUAAGAGGUUUCCAAAGAACCAAGGGUAAUAUCACUUAUACCAUUGUCUACAUUUCAUCGUUUGUUACUAAGGGUUUUGUUGUCGGUUCUAUGUACUACCACAUUCCGAAGUCCACCAAUGGUGCAUACUCACGUGGUGGUAUCUUGUUCUAUGUUUUGCUUUUCUGUUCCGUUACAUCUUUAGCCGAAAUUGCUAACUCGUUCUCUACCAGAAACAUUUUAGUGAAGCAAAAGUCGUACUCCAUGUACCAUUUGUCCGCUGAAGCAUUACAAGAAAUUAUCACUGAAUUCCCACGAAGUUGA